AUGGCGCAGAGGUUCUGGGUGCUGCGGUGCUGCUCCUGCCGCCUCUUCCAGGUGCAGCAGGCCAAGCGGAGCGGGAAGUGGAGCUGUAGCGUCUGCGGCCAGCGGCAGGCGGUGCAGAAGGUUUAUGGCCAAGGGUCUGGCCUGGACUGUAGGCACCAUGUGCAGAAGUUAAACUUGCUGCAGGGUGAGGCAGAGGAAGCAGUUGGUUGGACAUCAUGGUGCACAGAAGAAUCAGUAAAUGGCAGCAAAAACACAGCAGUGCUGUGUGAAGACAGCUCAGUCCAGCAGGAGGCAAGGGCAGAAGUCAGUCGCUGGAGUAAAUAUCUGGACAAGGACAGUGAAGAUCAGGAAGAUGGGGAGGAGGAGGCAGAUACAGAGAGGCAACAGUUAUGUUCCCAAAGGAAGAACACUGGGGAAGAACAAAGGACACACCAGAAGAGCUUUCUUUCCAGUGAUGUUCAGGAUUAUGCAGAGGAAAAUGGAGUUUUCCAGCUUGCCUACCCAUCCAAAAAGCACAAGAAAUGUUUAGAAGCAGCAGCUGCUGAAGAUGGUGGAGAUGCUGUUUCUGGAGACACUAUGGUUUGUGCUGGCUGUGAGGCCACAGUGCCUGAGGAGAACACACAAACCCCAACUGCUUCUACCAAACCCUCGAAGUGGGAAAAAUUUCUCUCAUGUUCUGACUACUGUAGUGAAAAUGCUGCCAGGGCCGCCUUGUCACCACAGGAGGGCAGUGGAAGGCUGGGGCUAAGCAGCACCACUGCAGCAGAUGCUGCUAUGGCCAGUAAGUGCUCAGCAGAGGCUGGGAGAACUCUGCCUCAAGGUAGGGACUUUGAAUUUCAGCAGUGUAUUGCUAGCUCUGAGCAGGUUGCCUCCCAGCUGCCCAGCACCAGUUGCUCAGCUGAGGAUGUGUUGUUCAAAGACCCUCGAAGGCAGCUGAUAAGGGCAGGAUCUGGUGCUCUGGAGCUGACUGCAGGCAGGUGCUCUCUGGAUAGCACAGGGAGAGCAAAUGUCCUUUACAGUAAUGCUGGGCCAAAGUCAAGCAGUGUUUCUUGUGAACACCUCUUCUGCACAGGUGAGGAGUUUGAAGAUGAUCUCUGAAUUCAGGCAUUUUGGGUCCUAGUUUCUUCACCUCUAUGUUGUAUUUUGUAUGUUGAGUACUGAAACGAGUUUGACCUGAAGCUGCCUUUACUCUAAGCCUUCCAGAACUGCAAUAUUAAAGCUGUUUAUUUGCUGCAUGGCUGUGUCUGAGGGAAGAGUAUGAGGGUGGAAAAGACUGUUGCAGUGGGCAAGUAUUGGGAUUACACAAUGUUGUCCAGUGACCUGAUCAGCUAGGAGAAUGGAAGUAUGUCAGCUUAGAGGGAGAAAGCUCCAAGGAUUGCUGGCCAGUACAGUUACAUUCUUUGAUU